AUGCAAAAGCUUGAGGCAAAAGAUAAGGAACGAAGAGAGUCUGAACUUGCAGAGCUUCAAUCACUGGAACAGAAGUUUCUGUCUGCACAGCAGUGGAAAAGGGAUUACAGAGCAUAUACAAAGUGGGAGCAUUACCUCAGCUGUGAUGGAAGUCCUGACCCAACUGAGCUGCAGGAAAUCAACACUUUCAUGAGCUUAUGGCGUGAAGAUCAAGAUGAGGACAUUCAACUUGUGAUGGAGAAGGGGAAAGAGGUGCUAAACUUAAUUGAGAAGUUGCAGUUACUUUUACUGGACAUACCUCCAAAUGAGAUCACAGAGAAAGAAACAGUCCAGUACCAGGAAUCUAUUCUGGAAUUGCAGAAUCUGCUUCAUCAGAAAUACAAUGAAGCUACAGAGCACCUGAUCAAAACAGCUAGUAUGCCUGAAGACUCUGAAACUGGCAAUAUGCAGGCAAUUGUGAAGGAUCAAAAUGUCACUUUCUGUAUAUGGGUCAAUCUGAAGAAGGAAGUAAGCUUCAAAAAUCACACAUUUUGUGAGGCACAGCACGGAUUUGAUCUUCCAGAGUCCCUGGCUGUGAGCAGUGUUGCAGUUCGCAUACUGCACACUCGUUAUGAUCAUGUGUCUCCACCGUGUCUCCAGCAGCAGAGUGUGCCAAAGCCAGAAGUCUUAGAGAGCAAAGAGUUAACUCAGCAUCCAAACAAUGUCGAAGAGCCAGAAGAGGGAAAGAAAGCCACAGAAGAACUCAUUGUGCCUGCUGGGAAAGAAACCUGUUCUAGUGGAGGAAAGAAUGUUGCCUCAUUGGAAGAAAGCAGCGGCAGCACAGCUGAUAGAAAUGAGACAGAGGGGAAAACUGAGGAGAAAUCAGAAAACUUGGACAUACCAUCACAAGUACAGGACCCACUGAUGCAGGAAGAGACAAGAGACAAAGAAGAGGCAAUAACUGGUGAAACCAUUGUUGAUUUGCAGCAGUUCAUGCCUGUGGGUGGUGUGUAUCACAUCAAUGCACUGCAGCUUCCACCUCAGGCCAAACAAAUCAAGGACUGGAGCAUGGUGGAGGUACUUGAUGUUAAGUUGGAGGAAUACCCAUAUCCCCCAGACGAGGCUGAGGAUGGCAUACAUCCCCCAAUCCAGAUAACCCUCAGACUUCCUGACAAUGUGAUGUAUUUUCAGCCUCCUCUGGUAGCCAGGUGGGAUCCUGCAGGUCAGCAGUGGAGAACUGAUGGCAUCAAGAAUACAACAUACAAAACACAAGGCAAGAGCAUCACCUUUGAGCUGGAUGCCUUUUACACCAUAGCCCUUCUUCAGGAUGCUCAUCUCAACAUGCCCUAUCAGGCAUGGGAAUUGCAACCUACUGGCAUGGAUGAGGCACUCCUUGCAGUUACUGCAGUCUUUGCAACAAUUCAGAUACAGAUUAAGGGUCAUCAGUGUAUGUUGUCUUCAGUAGUGGUGGAGGAGAAGGAUGUGCUUUCCCAUAUCACAGGAAAAUGGAUGAGUCCAGUUGCACUAAGAGCAGCUCUGAAAAGAGCUGGUGUGAACAUUUUCCCAGAAGAGCAUUCUCACAAGUACGUCCCACUGAAGAAGAAGGCUGCCCUGGCAGAGGUUAAGGCCUAUCAACAAAUGGCUCUGGUGGCAUCUGCUUUUGCUUUUGCCUGGAGCAAGUGGAAUGUAGAAGCAGGUCAAGAGCAAGUAGUGUUCAAGGUAAGCGAGCAGCUUAAAACAGAUUCUGUCAAAGACAACAGCUGGUCUCUUUACAUGUUUAAUGGUCAGAAAGCACAAAAACUCAAGAUCACUGAAACCAGUGCAGCUUUUUCAGAAGAGCUGGAGGAUGACUCUGAAUUUCACUCCACACUCUACCAUAUGCUUAAGGAUUUUGCCAGCGAAGAAGCAAUGGCUAAAGUGGAAAGAGCUAACUACCUGUUUAUUGAUGUCGUAUAUCAGCUGCUCCUUGCUACAAGAGUUCUAACAUACUCUUAA